CACAACCACUGGCCUGUGCCCCAAUGGGUUUUUUGCCCUCUCGAUUUCUCAACAGUUGCGCGUUCACUGGCCCACGGGUGUGUCCCCUCAACCCAGAGACGCCCGGAUUACAUAAGACGUUCUUGUAUGCUGCCAAAAAUUGACUUUGGUCGCCACGACUUUCUGCAAACCCCAAAGCGUCCCUCAUCCUCAUCUCCGAAUUUGAACGCUAACCACCCAGUUUGCAUCUAACAAAGCUACAUCUGCUCUCUCUGCGUGAGUGCGGACUUUGUCUAAUCAUUCUUGCCAUCCACACUUGUCAUUUGGUGCUGACACAAUCCAGGAUAGCGUAUCCUUUUUGCCUCCCUCUUCGGUUCUCGGUGCUCACUUGGCCACGAACUUCCGCAUAUACUGGACAAUGUCUCUACCCACUUAUCACCUGUCGUGACAAGAGGUUUGCAUUGGCCCACCUGGUGGCCUGUUGUUGGAGGUGGUAAAGACACGACUUUUCUCCCAGCAUGACACGAGAUGACGGUGGCAGUCAUGGACAAACCACCCCACCCAAAUCCCCUCUCCUCACAGUCCCUGUACACCACGUAUCGCCAGUCCUAGAAGGUCAACCUCUCUCGAUCCCCAAGAACAAGAGCACUGGCAACCUGCUAUCGCCCACAAAGAAUGACUAUGGCCAGAGGACAAGGUUCUCUUUUGAUGCAGGAUCUAUGCAGGAGAUUAACGGAUUGAAGAGGGUUACACGCGCCGAUCACGACCAUGGUCUCGGGAGGUCUGGCCUUCGGCGCAUUCGACGUCAGGGACCGUCGUUGGUCCGCCCUCCGACGCUGGUUCUCGAAGAUGGCGAAUGGUUCCCACCUGUUCUUCAACACGCAAAGACCGCCCCGAUAUCCGGAUCAUCCUCAAGAUCCGUUUCCGCUGGUGGCUACCUCACCAGUGGCCCAGCCUCGCCAGUCUUGGAGGACCUACAUCGUUUCCCGUCCGAGUCGCUCCAUUCAUUCUCCUUCGCUAAACAGUCGGAGGAUUUCUUACACAGCAGAUCCAACAUCCUUAAGAAAACCGUUGAUUUUGUACGCGAUCGGGGUGUCAGGACAGCCAGCCCCGCCUUGAUCGAUGCCGAGGCCCGUGUUAGUGGAAAUGCUGAACUCCAAGGAGUCAUGAGCCUCCUGAAAAAGGCCAACCUCCUUCCCAUCGACACAGCGGAUGCUCAAAGCCGGCCAAUUGCAGCGGCUCCUUUGACGGGCCCUGCUCACCACGAUGGGAGGAACAUUUUUGAUACUAGCUUCAAGGAGCAACUGGAGAUUGCUCAACAGGAGGCCAGGGAAUCGUACCUCGAUGGCUCCGCCUCAAGCCGCAAAUAUUCAUUUGUUGACGACGAGGCACCCACAGACAAAGAGACAGAUCCGGAAAUGCGCAUCCCACCAACAAGAGCUGGUUCAAUGAGCGCCCCACGUCGGACGGGCUUGAGGAGAACAUACACUGAUCUCAGUUCGCUUACACUGCAGCAAAAGCUCAUCGAAGCACUGGCACAGCCCUACUCAGCCGAAGAUCAUGCCACUGCCCCUACCACAAACCCAGUGGGCACGACAAUUCAUGGCAGUGUCACUCCCUCCGCUCCUGCUUCUGCUGUUCACACUCAUAGUAGCAAAUGGUCUCCCACUCAUCAAGCCGUCUUCCGCACAGAAGCAGACGCCCCUUGGACCAUCCUGGCUGCCAAUGACCUGGCAUGUCUCAUCUUUGGGGUAACACGUGCCGAGGUCAGAUCACUUAGUAUUCUCGGCAUCAUCCAGCAAGAGAGAAGACAGUGGUUGGAGUCUAGACUUGCUCGUCCCGAGCUGGUGUCGGAAGAAAGGAAGUCACACCCUGCAACCGCAAGCCAUGCCAGCAGCAACAGCUUGUCGUUGGUGGGCUCCAGAAGUGGUAUUACUGCUCGAUUGCUUAGCAAAGCUCCUUCUCGAGCUAACAAACCUCCAGAAAGAGCAAAGACCGAGGACGGCUCUGUUGGCUACAACCCCUCUACGUCACAAAAUCCGAAUCACCCGUCCAGCAAGUCGCGUGGAGUCCUGCUUUGCGGUGACAUUGUUCCCAUCCAGAGACGUGAUGGCACAAAAGGUGCAGCCAGUUUUUGGGUCAUGGAAAAACGAGGAGGUCUGAUCUGGGUCGUGGAAGAAAUCACCGAAGACGUUGCGUACCUCGACUUUGACGUUUUGGGCCGCGUCACCACCACACAGGGAGCCGUGGCUGCUAUCUGGGGUCAGGACAUCGCUCCCGGAACCCCAUUGACCAGUCUCAUUCCAAAGCUAUCCCUUGAUGUGAUCGAUCCUUUCGUGAAGCAACACUUGGGACACUUGACUGCCAUCACCAAUGAGUACGUCCACGUGCCCACAGUGGUAGAACGGUCACCGACACAAAGGGAGCUCCGAGUUUCGAGCCUCCCUCACAUUGCCGGGGUUAUGGUCCUCGACCCUGUGAGCCUCAACAUCAUCAGCUCCAACAAUAUAUUCUCUGCCGCACUAUUUGGCUACGAACAUCCGGAAGGGUUGCCCAUCAGUAAGCUGAUUCCUCUGUUUCCAGACUUGCUCUCUGUUUUGUGUCAAGAGGAGGAUAUAGACUUGAGCGACGGAAUUGUUGUGCCCGAGCAUAGCUUUCGACAGGCACGCGCUUUGCUGGCCUUGCGUGUCGGCAAAGAAAGCCCUGCCAACAUAUUUCUCCGGCCUUGUGGCGUGCCCGCCACUCAUAAGGAUGGCUCGGAUAUCAUGGUCGACAUCCAGAUGAGGGUGGUUCGCAGUGAGACGGUUUUCCCCAUGUCGGACCAGGCCAUCCUGGAAGAAGCAGACGAUGGCCAAACUACAUCAGGGGUUGCAGUGUCAGAGCUCGUCUAUGCACUGUGGAUCAUCUACUCGCGCAAUAUCCAUUCCACUGGUCUGGCGGCGGUCGAUUCAGAGGAUAAUGCGUCUCGACAGCCAAUGUCACCACCGCAACAACCUCCUCCAACCGACCUGCCAUCCCCACCGCCGACUUCAGGUGGAAGUGACGGCAGAACGACGGAUAGUAUCGAUUUGUCUCUGCAAGCGACCAAUGAUCCAGGCUUCACGACGGAGGAGCCGUUGGAUCAUCCUCCUCCGAAUACUCCAUACAUUCCUCAUGAGAAGAAGACCAUUGACGAUUUUUCGAUUCUGGAAGAGAUGGGUUCUGGUGCGUACGGACAAGUGAAGCUGGUUCGAUAUAAGAAGGGGCCCGCCCGCCGCAUGGUGCUCAAGUAUGUGACCAAGAAACGCAUCUUGGUCGAUACGUGGACACGUGAUCGCAAGUUGGGCACGGUGCCGCUCGAAAUCCACGUUCUCGAUUAUCUCCGCCGCGACGGAAUGAGACACCCGAAUAUUGUGGAAAUGAUUGACUUUUUCGAAGACGAUAUCAAUUAUUACAUCGAAAUGCUCCCUCACGGAAUUCCGGGCAUGGACCUGUUUGACUACAUCGAGUUGAGGACCAACAUGACCGAGGCAGAAUGCCAAAACAUCUUUCAACAGGUUGUUGAUGCAAUCCACCAUCUCCACACAAAAGCACUGGUGGUGCAUCGAGACAUCAAGGACGAGAAUGUCGUUCUGGACGGAGAGGGCAGAAUCAAACUCAUUGACUUUGGGAGUGCGACAUAUAUCAAAAAUGGCCCAUUUGACGUUUUUGUGGGGACGAUAGACUACGCGGCUCCAGAGGUGCUGCAGGGCAAGCCUUAUGGUGGCAAGCCUCAAGAUGUUUGGGCGUUGGGGAUUCUUCUAUACACUAUCGCAUACAAGGAGAGUAAGUUGUGCAUCGCGAAUUGAAGCUUGGAAUCUAGGGACUGACACGUUUUCUUUUCAGAUCCCUUCUAUAACUUGGGUGAGUAGGCCUCAGGAACAGGCAGGGUCUCGAGGCGAGGAGUCGGAGGGCUAACACUGUUCAUAGAUGAGAUCCUUGAUCAUCCACUGCGGGUUCCAUUCCUUCCUUUCUCGGAAGAAUGUCUCGAUCUUAUCCGGAAGAUGCUGGAUCGGGACGUUGAUAAACGUAUCACGAUUGAAGAGGUGCAGAAGGAUACGUGGCUUACACAAGACUGAUGAUAGGAGGCUGGAAGUCGAUGUAAAGCACAAUGCGAUUAGCUGUGGCGGAGGUCUAAGGUGGAGGACAAGGAGGACAUCUGGAGGGGAAUAGCUGUUGGGAUACUGGGAACUCGCGACCUUUGAGUAUGGUCUCGGCUGGACCUGGAUAUGGGUUACGACAGGAAUGGGGUGGCGUUUUGAACAUUGUGUAUAUGGAUCUGAUGAAAUGAGACACGACUGAAACAGAUACAAAAGAGCUGGAUGGGAGAAUGACUGUGGGCUCUGAGGUGGUGCGAGUGGAUAGGAUGGAUAGGAGGGAGACCGCCAGUGCUAGAAAUAGAAUCAUCAAAUGAAUGACCGUGCACCAUUUGAUACUGGCGCACAUCCAUCUUCAGCUCAGGCAUUCAC